GCCUUGUAGAAUUGAAAAUAGCAUGCUGACAGAAUUGAAAUAUAGAAGGGUUGGGUUAGAGGGCAAUAAAAACUCUUUAAAAUAUAAGAAAAAAGAGGGAAAAGGUCGGUGAGCGCAACUAGUCAACUAAGGAAGCAAGCUACAAUUAAACGGCGCCGUCUGAAGCAACAUGGCCGGUGGUAUUCUGGCUUUUUAGCUCGAUAAAAUGCUAAACUAGCCGCGCAGCUAGGAGCCUAGGAGGCGAGUGAGCGAGACAGAGAUAACAAGAUGGCAUCAAUGGCAGCAACACCAAGCAUUUACUCUCACUACAACAACAAAUACAAAAACAAAGCCUUCAACCAGAAAAUCUCAACCGUUUCACGAAUCGUCCUUUCUCAAUCCCAGCAGUCCGACAACCAAUCCGACCACCAAAUUCCUCGAAGGGAAAUAAUAUUAAGGAGCAGCGAAUUAGCUGUCAUCGGCGCCAUUUUUAGCUUCAGUGGGAAGAAGCCAGAUUAUCUUGGGGUGCAGAAGAAUCCGCCAGCUCUGGCGCUUUGUCCUGCUACCAAGAAUUGCGUAUCGACCUCUGAGAAUGUCAGCGACCUCACCCACUACACUCCUCCAUGGAACUACAACGGAGGGCGUAAUAGGAAAAAGCCUGUGACUCGAGAAGUGGCAAUGGAAGAGCUUCUUCAAGUGAUAAAAUCAACAAAACCAGACAAAUUUACUCCCAAAAUCGUGGAGAAGAAGGACGAUUACGUGCGUGUGGAAUACGAAAGCCUUAUAUUAGGGUUUGUUGAUGAUGUCGAGUUCUGGUUCCCACCGGGGAAGAAUUCUAUCGUGGAGUACCGAUCAGCAUCGCGGAUUGGAAGCUUUGAUUUCGAUGUCAACAGAAAGAGAAUCAAGGCAUUGCGGCAAGAGUUAGAGAAGAAAGGAUGGGCUUCUGAAGAAACCUUUUGAAGGGCCUGCAUGCUCGUUUAGUUGAUCCGAGGAGAAAACAACAUUGUACUCUUGAGUUUCGUUUUACAGAAACGGAAUAGUGAUCCUGGAAUUGACCUAUGGCCUAGCAGAGUCUCAAGCUUUUGCAUUAAAUCAUGGAUACAAGAUUUUCUUUUUUGUUUCCAAGCUGUUAUCAGCAGAGCAAUGGCAUUAUCAUACUCUCACAUUCCAACA